CAGCGUUGCCGUGGAGACGGGACGCCUCCCGCCUCGGGGCGGCAUGGCCGAGAAAAUCCCCCCCCGGGAGCGGGCGGCCGCCUCCAAGAGCCGCGGGGACAAGUCCCGGCCGCCCACCGCCGCCGCCGCCGCCGCCGCCGCCGCCCGACCCGACGUGGUCCCCGGGCGCCUGCCCGAGGCGGAGUGGCUCUGCCUGCGGGCGGCGGGGCGGGGGGACGCGGAGGCCGGGGACAUCCUGGCAGAGCUCUUGGCCCGGGUCAUGGAGCAGUGCCGCAGGGCCGGCGCGGCUCGGCGGCGUGUGCCCUUCGCCGUGGGCCAGGCGCGGGUCGCGCUCCUGCAGAUCGCCCGGUGGCGGUUCCCGGUGCGGGACGAGGGGGAGACGGACCCCGAGGGAGACGGUGCGUGGCGGGAGGACGAGGAGCCCGAACCCCGCGCCGGGGACUCGUGGGCGCAGGGCUCCGUCCCCGUCCUGCGCCUCCGCCCGUCCCCGCCCCCGGACGAGGGAGAGGUCUCCGGUGCGCGGACCCCGUGGCGGCACGGCAGGCAGGACCCCCCCGCGGCGGCCGAGGCCGGAGCUCCCCCUGCGCAGCCCCCGUGUCCCGGCCGGGUCCCCGCCACCGGCCCCGGCCCGCCCGCACCGGGGCUGUCCCGCCCGCAGCUGCCGCCGGAUGCCGCGGCCGUCUCUCCCCGGCCCCCCCGGGGAAAACCUCCCCGCGCCCGGCCCCCGCUGCCGGGGCCCCCGGCUCCCUGCCCGCCCCCGGGGCCGUCCCGCGGGGCCGUGGAGGGGAGCGGCGUGGCGGGGGCCGGCCGCAGGGCACCGCAGCCGCCCCCAUCCUGCAGCAGCCUGGGAACGGCCCGGCCGGGGGUGAGGCCAGAGGGGUCCGGCACCGUCCCGGGGGUCCCCAGGCUGGGCCCCAGCAGCCGCCCCGAGCGCUGGGUCCGGCCGCGGGUGGAGGUGCUGGACCCGGGCGCAGAGGCCGAGGUGCCAGCGUGUCCCCAGGGUGCCCGUGGGCGCAGCCGGGGGCCGGAGUCGGGCAGCUCGUGGCUGUCCCGGGGGCCGUGGGCCGUGGGGGGGGCACAGCUCCAGCCACCCCCCCCGGGGUCCCCGCAGCCCCCCAGCCCCCCGCCCCGGCAGCUCGGCUCCUUGCUGGACUCCAUUCGGCUGGCCCCCGGCGUGACCAUCAGGUGGGGCGGCAGCGUGAGGCACGGGCCCCGCAUCCCUGCGCACGGGGAGGAGGACGAGGAGACCGGGGAGGCCAAACGGGACCUGAGACCCAUCCGCCCCGCCGUGCCCUUCCCGGCCAUCGCGGCCAGGCAGGUCACGGAUGAUGGCGAGCGGUAAAGGCAGCC